GAUUCGUUUGGGGCUCUGUAAUUGCGGUUCGCCCACAGGGUUCAUGAAAUGGUAAACACAAACAGCAUAACAGCUGAUACUAUUGGUUUGCAUCGGCCACAUUUAAUUGUACACAGUGAACUUUGUACCAGGCGUGUAUCCCGAACCAUCGGCCAGAGAGGUUGUCCCGAAGAGGUGGAGAGAAAUGGAGAGUGCGCGCAUGCACUCCUGGCUGCUCUCUCCAGCAACUGCAAGUUGUUUGGAUCCAGUGUUGUUGUAAUGCUGUAAUAUCGGAAACGUGGAACAUCUGCGUUCCCAGGCUAUUGAAAUGUGGCUUUGCUCUGAAAGUAGCAGGGGAAUAGUUAGAAAAGCGAGCGAGGUCUGGAGAUAUAGGAACACCCACGGCUUCUGCCGCACUAAAAUAUUCACUAAGACGUUGUCAGCAAACACAACAUGUUUAUUUCGAAUUUUAUUUAAUUUUCAAGCGAUAACGCAUACAUAAACAAAACGCGAAAUUAACUAUUGAGUACUGAGUGCACUUUUUGAGCAGUGCACGAAGACACCCACACGCUCUGUAAACAACACCGACCUUAAUAUUUGGGCUUUUAUAGAUCUCUCGUUUGCACGGCGCCGUACGCGCAGGUGUUCUAUAAUGAGAACUCUUAAAUAGCGUCGUACUUUGCUUAGUGCUUGGCCUGUGCUCAUUGUUCCCGAAGUGCAUCAAUGAACGUACUUCAUGGGCCCAGUAACGGGGAGUAGGCCUAAUCGCGCAGCCUUGAAACAUUCUGGGUCGCCUCGCUGGGCUCUCCGAGAGAGGCUUCUUGGGUGCCCGCAUACCUUGGGGACUUCCACUCUGUUCCGCUGUCUUUUUGGACGCUCUCUGGGAGGCCUCUGCCUGUGCGUCGGCGUCGCCAACGCGAUAAAGAAAACCCGAGGCGCGGCGAAACGAAGUGAAUCGAAACGAAAAAAGUGAAUGUUGUCGCGCUAACUGUGCUCACAAGCCUUCUAAACCUCGUAUUGGUCGGGUGUCCUCAGCAGUCGCUCAGCAGUCGCUCCGCAGCCACUGACAAAAGCAGAAACCGAAAGUCCCGCAAUCCGAAAGUCCCAGAAGACCUGCCAGCCAGCGACUACUUAGCAUCACAUAACUGUAAAGUGGACAAACGAGCAGUGCACGGAGCAUCAUGGCAUUCCGCGUGGCCGGACUCUUCCUGAAGAAGGAGCUUGUGGCUCCCGCAACGCAGCAGCUGCGUUUGCUGCGCACCUCAAGCACGGCCCGCUCCCAGUUCUUGGCCAACUCGCCCAACACGGCGCUGGACAAGAGCAUCCUGCAGCGGUACCGCAACCUGGAAACGCCCGCCAACCGGGUGCAGGCCACUUACCUAUGGAUAGACGGCACCGGCGAGAACAUCCGGCUCAAGGACCGCGUCCUGGACAAGGUCCCCAGCGCCGUGGAGGACCUGCCGGACUGGCAGUACGACGGCAGCUCCACCUACCAGGCCCAUGGGGAGAACUCGGACACUACGCUCAAGCCUCGUGCCAUCUACCGCGAUCCCUUCAAGCCGGGCAAGAACGACGUGAUUGUCCUGUGCGACACCUACCACGCUGACGGCAAGCCGACGGCCUCCAACAAGCGUGCCGCGUUCCAGGCAGGAGUCGACAAGAUCGGCGACCAGGAGCCCUGGUUCGGCAUCGAGCAGGAGUACACGUUGCUGGACGUGGACGGUCGUCCCUUCGGAUGGCCCGAGAACGGCUUCCCAGCCCCGCAGGGACCCUACUACUGUGGCGUGGGAGCCGACCGCGUCUACGCCCGCGACCUCGUUGAGGCCCAUGCCGUGGCCUGCCUGUAUGCUGGCAUCGAUUUCGCCGGCACCAACGCCGAGGUCAUGCCCGCCCAGUGGGAAUACCAAGUUGGCCCCAGCAGCGGCUUGAAGGCCAGUGACGAUUUGUGGGUGUCGCGCUACAUCCUGCAGCGCAUCGCCGAGGAGUACGGCGUAGUGGUGACCUUUGACCCCAAGCCGAUGGAGGGACAAUGGAACGGAGCCGGAGCGCACACUAACUUCUCCACGAAGGCGAUGCGCGCCGAGGGCGGCAUCAAGGCCAUCGAGGAGGCCAUCGAGAAGUUGAGCAAACAGCACGAGCGGCACAUCAAGGCCUACGACCCCAAAGAGGGCAAGGACAACGAGCGGCGCCUGGUGGGUCGUCUCGAGACCUCCAGCAUCGACAAGUUCUCGUGGGGCGUGGCCAACCGCGCCGUGAGUGUGCGGGUGCCGCGUGGCGUGGCGUCGGCCGGCAAGGGAUACUUCGAGGACCGGCGGCCCAGCUCCAACUGCGAUCCCUACGCCGUGUGCGGCGCCAUCGUCCGCACCUGCCUGCUCAACGAGUAGGCUGGAGGUGGCCGAGGGAGCCGGGCGUAACAUCUUUUGUACAUAGUAUAAUAUUGAACUUUGGAGCGUAUCCGAUCAGUUGGCUACUUUUCCAUUCACUUGGAGCAAAAUUAAGUUUGCUUGUGCAAAAAAGACAGGAGAACGAGGCACGAGAAGCGUGCGAUUAGCAUUUAAGAAAGUGGGUGGGUGGCAAGAAGAUCAGAACAGGAAGGAGAGUUGAACCUGAAAGCGAUGGGGGCCCAAUAAUAUUCUGCCAUAAAUAUUUUACAAAUUAUGUAUACCUAAUCGUUGCUUUAAACUAAAUAAUAAAUAACAUUGUACGUUAACGCGCUAUCUUUAGAUCAAAACAAAAUUUCUGGUUUUCACGUCGAUUUUGGCCGACACGUUUUGUAGAAUUAAUAGUUUUUACUCACUUGUUGAUUAUCCGUCGGGGUAUCCAAAUGUAGUGUUAAAGAAUGGAAUAUCACCGAAAUUCGACUAUAUCUAUAUUAAUCAUUCAUAUCCAGACGCACGUACAUAUUCAAAUUGUUUGUAAAACUAAUUGUUGACACGAAGUUGUUGAAGACAGUUUUAAGGAAAAUAAAUAUGCUACACAUAAGA